ACGCGGUUCUCUCGGUUCGAAAAUAUUGGAAAUCGGCCCACAUUUUGUUUAUUUUACGCCAAGUUGCUUUAAUUAUAGUUCAAAUCAAUAAGGAUAGCGCAUCAUGGGGUGUUUAUGUCAAUGGACUCGUUUCAAAAAUAGAUUCAUACUCGUUCUUUCAUUCAAAGCUUCUGUUGAUUAGGAGAACCGCGAGUUCCACUUAAAACGUUGAAGGAAUAUUUGAUUAACAGAUCUUACUAGUAUAAUCUGAUGAAGGAGAUCCUGAAAAGAUGACCAAAGGGGACAUGCCAACUCAACAGAAUACCAUUCAGAUGCCUGGUGAAGACAUUCUUUUAUCACAAGCAGCAGUUUUACCAGGAGGUUUCGACAAGUCCAGACACCCAGUAAUCAUCCUCCCACCCAGUCAGUACCCAAAUCUUUUCCAAUUAAGAAAGAAAGAUGUGCUUCAACUUCUAAGAUAUCUUACUCAUCUUUCAAGGGUUUGGUUUUCAAGCCAAGGGAUUGCUGUUCUGGCUGACCUCACAUCUGCAGAUCAAGAAGUAGUUUCCCUUGUUCUUGGCCUUAUUCACAAAUUACAAGCAUCUGUAGGAAAGAUUAAAGUGCUGUACCUCAUUCUACCUGAGAAUAGAUCUACCAAGAAACAUCUUGCUAAAGAAAUUCAAAAAUUACAAAAAGAAGGAGCAUGUCAUUUUCAGAUCACUCUCCUUCGCAAUACAUCAGAUCUCCAGACCUAUAUUGACCAAUCACAGUUGCUUGCAUAUUUUGGUGGYACAUUAGCCUAUAAUCACAAGGCAUGGGUUAAGCUUCAAAUGCGACUGGAAGAUUUGGAUAAACUUGUAGAGAACAUCCUAGCUCAGUUACCUCAAACGUUGGAAAAACUGAAUAGCUUGCAAAGACAAGUUACGAGCAGUUUACGAGCAAAUGAAGAUGUGAAAGUACAGCAAGUGGAAACAAAGAAAUCACUAAUAAGAAAAGACCUAUACCUGGAUGAAGCGCUCAAAGAAGCUGAUGCACUACUAGAAUACAUGAACAACCCUCACUUGGAUGGGUUCUUCUCCCUCAUGUCCCGUCAAGCGGUUUUUAAGCCCAUGAUGUCUGGUGUCCCACUCAAUUAUACUAAACUGUUGAAGGCCAAAAGAAAACUCGAUAACGCAACGAAAGACUGUGAGGUUGGAUUGGGAACAGAGGGGGAAUUACCUAAUGUCGUUCUACUAGAAAAUGAAAUGAAAAAGAUCAUUAGUUGGAUAGAUCUUAAAGGGCGUUCUUACCUGAACAGUCAGACAGACGUACCAGAAACUUUGAGAGAAGCGCAACAUUUGCCAAUCAAGUUUGAUCGAGAGAUUUACAAACAAGCGAAGUAUGCAGGAUGGUUUUUUCAAACUUCUUGACAACCUGUUUAAUUUUGGCUUUAAUUUUCUGAAUUAGGACUAAAAAGGAUCAAACAUUUGAAUAAAAGUACAGUCCUUUUGUAAA